UGGUUAUUGAAAAUUUAUUUUAACAACGAAAUUUUAUUUCAUAAUAUUUCAUCAUGGUUGAUAAUGAUGAUGAUGGAUUCAUUAAAUUUGAAGUAUCCGAUUGGGAUCUUGAAUUUGGUCAAGGAAAUCAUCGUCCAAAACGAAUGAGUAAAAAUCAGGCUAUUUAUGGAAUAUGGGCUGAAAGUGAAAGUGAUGAUGAAGAUGGUAAUAGACGUGGGAAAAAACAAUCCAAUAUGAUGAUGGAUAUUAAUAAAACUGGUGUUAGUUUUGUUAAAAGUGAUCAAAAACUUCAAGAUGAACUCAAAGAACGAAAACCAUCAUCUUCGAAUCAUGAAUUUUCAAAGCAAACACAAUCGAAAAAGAAACCAUCUAGAUUCAGUGGAUUAGGCUCUUCAUCAAAUAAUGCCGAUGCAGAAUUUGGACAAUGGGAAAUGUAUACCAAAGGUGUUGGCAGUAAAUUACUGCAGAAAAUGGGUUACCAACCUGGUAAAGGUUUAGGUAAAAAUCUUCAAGGUAUAAUCGAACCGAUUGAAGCGAAAAAAAGACCUGGUACUGGAUCGAUUGGUCUUUAUGGGCCAGAAACGACAGCAAAGAUACUGCGAAAAGGUGCUAAUGAUGAUGAUGAUAAGAAACAAAAAAAGGAUCAAGAUGAAACAGAAUUAUCAACCAAUGAAAAAGAAUGGAAACGUAAUGAUGGAACGAAAAAAAAAUCAACAAUAAAAGUUUAUGAAAAAUCAACUGAUGAUAUUAUUCGUGAUAGUAUAACGAAAUCAUGGACAAAUCCGACUGCAGAUUAUUUGAAUAAUAUGAAAAUUAUCGACAUGACUGGACCACAGCAGCAAAUAUUAUCCGGUUUGACAAAACUUCAUCAAUCGAAACCAGCUAAACCAAAAGAUGAUUAUCAUGUUACAAAAUUCAAUACUAGAUUUGAUAUACCAGAAUUACGAAACAAUGUCGAACGUUUAAUAAUGUUGACGGAGAAAAAUCUAGUGAAAAGAAAACGUGAAUAUGAUCGUAAUAGUAAUCAGAUGGACAAUUUGAAUGAAGAACGUGAUCGUUUAAAUCAAUUAGCCAUUGUCUAUCAACGACAAUUGAAAUCUAUUCAGGUGAUUGAAACAUUUGUUGAAUCAUUGGAAGAAAUGAAACAUGAAUUAUCAUUUGAAAAAGGUUUAGAAAAAUUUGAAAAUUUUUUCACCACUUUUUCCGCCAAAGAUGAAUCGAAUAUUGAUGAACAAAAACGAUUACUUCGAUCAUUAAAAUUCGAUACACUUUUACGAUCAAUAUUUGGACCGAUUAUUCGUCGUGAAUUACGUACAUGGCAUCCAUUCGAUAAUUUUGCCAUUGAUUAUUCUGGCCAUUUUGACCGAUUACGUCGAUUGAUGUCGAAAUCGAAAACAUUCGAAAUAAUUCUUUGGCAACAUUGGACACCUAUUGUUAGCCGUGCAAUACAACAAAUUUCAUUGAAAUUACAAUUUGAAUCAAUUAUUGCAUUUCUAGAGAAAUGGCAGAAAAUAUUACCAAAAUGGUUAUACGAAUAUUUCAUUGCUAAUAAUUUAUUACCAAAAAUGCGUUCCGAAGUUGAUGAAUGGAAUCCACUGACCGAUACGAUAUCGAUUCAUUCAUGGAUUCAUCCAUGGCUUCCUGUAUUGUUGACAACAACGAAAACAACCAAUACGUCGGAAAAUGAGCUAAAUUUUCUAUUCGAACCAAUAUAUGAAAUUAUACGUUCAAAAUUAGCAAAUGCAUUGAAAAAUUGGCAUCCAAGUGAUUGUUCUGCCCGAUUGAUAUUGGAACCAUGGAAAAAUGUAUUCACAGAAUCAUCGAUGCAAUCAUUUCUUGAGAUGAAUAUCGUACCAAAAUUAGAACAAUCAAUGCAACAGAUGCAAAUCAAUCCUAAUCAACAAUCAUUGAAUGAAUGGAAUUGGACCAUUCAAUGGUCAUCAUUAUUAUCGACAAAUACAAUAGUAUCGAUUUUGGAACAUACAUUUUUUCCAAAAUGGCUUAAUGUCUUGUAUGUUUGGUUGAAUUCAGGUGUUGCAAAUUUCCAGGAAAUCAGUAGCUGGUAUCAAGGCUGGAAAACAUUAAUGGGUAAUGAUCUGAUCAAUCAUAUAAUAGUGAAAGAAUUUCUACGUAAAGCAUUAAUCAUGAUGGAUCAUGCUGUUAAUUUGGAAACUGGAUUAAAAAGUUUCACAUCUUAUUAUGAUCCAAAUGUUGGCAUUACCGUUAAUCAGCAGCAACCGGCAACAACGACAACAACAACAAUGAUGCAACCACCUGUACCACCAUCAAUUGUUGAAGAUAAAAUAAAUUUCCGUCAAAUGAUUGAAAUUAAAGCAGCUGAAUAUGGUAUAUUAUUUAUGCCAAUGGCAAAUCGUUUCGAAAAUGGACAUCAAAUAUUCAAAUUUGGUUCAUCAUUUAUUUAUAUAGAUAAUCAGGUUAUAUUUCAGAAUCGUGUUCAAAGUAAUGGCCAUCGUUUAUGGAUUCCUGUUUCACUUUCUGAUUUAUUAAUUAAUAGUAAUAAUAAUUAAUAAUCUGAGCAGAUCAGAUUGUAAAUAAAAACAAAUUUUAUUCAA